CUCCUUUGUCUUUAGGUCAUUAUUUCCCUGUAAAUAUGGAGUGUCUGCCUCCGACUAUAAUUUCAUUAAUCCACGGGCCAAAGGAGUGGUCUCACGUGGUCGGUGCUAGUAAUUUUCCAGGGACCCUAAAGUUGAAGAUAUGGAGAGAUUGGUUUUCUUGUUUUCACUGACUGCCCUUGCGGUCCUUCACUGCAUGAACACGACUCCUGAGUUCCAAGAACCUGUGGUGAUACUACAGAUUGGUAUUGCAGUGUUGGUUGCUGUGUGGUUCUUUUACUUCAUCAUCACUAGACGUAACCCACCCAAAGACAUCCUGUUUUAUGUGUUUGCUGAAUUUUCCUUCACUUGUGUCAUUGACCUUGUAAGUGCUUUAGAACAUGAUGGAUUUCUUUCUGGGUUCAUGGAUUUCUACCAGAAAACGGGAGAGCCCUAUCUAGGCACAGCCUACGGCAUCAUGAUGUGCUACUGGGAUGGAAUAGUACACUUCAUCAUGUACCUCAUGAUGAUACAAUGUUUAUGGAACAGCAAGUCUUACCGCACUCUUGGUCUCUUCUGGGCUGGAUCCUUGUUUGCAAACAUGAGUGUGUUUGUGACAGGAAUUGUUGUAGGUAAAUUUGGCUCAGAUAUCCGUCCAGCCUUCUGGCUCAACAUGCCCUUCCUAAUUCUUCCUAUAUGGGGAGCAAUCAAGCUGUUCAACAAGCCCAAGAGUGGACCCACCCUCGGGGGAUACAAGGCCCACUACGAUCAGAGUUUUAGUCUCAUCUGGAGACCUACAGACCUUCUCCUGGUGCUGCUGCUGCUGGGGGCCAUGGCCUUCACACUGUUCAGAGGCUUGGUAGCUCUUGACUCCCCUCUAGAGGCUUGUUCCACAUACCUCCGCCAGUACGAACCCUAUAUUAAGGAUCCAGUGGGCUACCCAAAGGUUAUGAUGCUACACUUCAUGUUCUACCUGCUGCCAAUGCUGGGUGCCUUCGUCUAUGGGCUCAUAGUGCCUGGCUGCACGUGGAUGCCUGACUGGACUGUGUUUGUUGCUGGAGGCGUUGCCCAGUGCCAGUGGGCCCACACUGGGGCUUCCAUCCACCCACGCACAGUGACCCCGUUCCGGAUCCCAGAUGAGGCCUUCUUGGCUGUACUGACAGCCAACCUCCUGUAUGCAGUGAUACCUUUGCUCAUUGCCUGGCGGUGCACCAGCAGCAUCAACUUCUUCCUGACCGUCAGUAAGCUGCCUGGCAUGGAGGGCAUGCCCUGGGUUCCUGAUGCCGACACCCUGGUCGAGAAAAAGCGCAACUGAAGUUUACACACCAAUCAAGUGACGAAUAAAGAUAUGCCAAUAACUUUACAGAAUUCUGCAACAUAUGUAACACAUACAAUGGGGGAUGAAGGGGUAUGUAAUCAAGUAAAAGUGUAUCAUACAAAACAUCUAGUCAACUUAGAUCGGGCCCCUGUUAUUAAAUGACCCAGCUGAAUGAGAACUUCCCCGUCACCUUUAAUUUAUACAAACAGGUGUGUUGGCUACCAAACCAGUUUCUCCGCUUUCAACAGAAACUAAUGUGGCAGCCAGGUAAUGGUCCCUCCAGUGAAGCCGUGCUUAGAUGCAUUCCAUUGCGAUGAGAACAAAUUCAAGCAGGGAGAGAGAAGAAAGGGAAGGGCUUUCGUUUUCCAUAAGAGUGAGAGCAUGCAUCUGAGUGGUGUUCAUUUAUCAGCUGCCACUUACCAUCAGCGGAGGCUGAUUGGCACGCCCGUCAGGGGUCUUGUUGUGGAUGUACAUUUCAUUCAACAUGAGUCGUCAUCACUCAGCCCUGGUGGAACACAGAUCAUUACAGGGCUGUCUUUCUCCCUGCCUGCCUGCCCUUUGGAAGUAGUGCUGGCUCCACUUGUUCAGCCUAAUAGGUACACCCGGGGAAACCAGGCAGCUGUUUGCUAGCCCGAGCCCGGAUCUGCAUGUGUGGUGCAUUACGCGCUGCUCUAUCACGCUGGUCUGUCGCAGUGAAAGCAGACCAGGUCCUGGGAAACCUUCUUUGCACGUUCACAUGUAAUCUAUCAGACAGAUAUAGUUUUGAGCACAUUUGGAUCAAUGUUGUGUCUUGCCAUAAAGGUCUGUGAUUUACAAAAUGCAACUGGUUUCUGCGGGGACAAGUGAAUGUGCAAUGAGACACUGGUAUUUUACUGUUUAACCUCAGCUCUUAAAGCCGCUAUACUAAAUAAGCAGUUUCUGAUUUGGCACAAGGGGAUCAAUGUAUCAUUUGUGCGGGUUGACAUGUUUACUGUUUUUUGUUAUAACCAUGACAAUAUUUUUUACUUGUCAUGACUGAGGCAAUAUACCUCUGUGACAUGGUUAGCCCUUACCUCUCUUCUCUUCCUAAGUAAUGUCAUCAUUUUCUGUCUUUGUGCAGGUGGCCCAGUACAUGUUGUCCCUCCCACUGUUCAGCUGAUAUUCAAUUUCUUUAAUAAAGCCCGCACUGUUGUAUUUUGACACA